CUCAAUUUACCUUUUUCGAGUGAUUUUGUUAAAUAUUCCAGUUUUAUUCCGAAGGGACUUUUGUUCCGUAUUCCCCCCAUAGGCAUAGAAACAGAACAUCUGUGACAGCAAAUGAAGUAGCAAAAUUAGCUCAAUCCAAUAUCGAUCUGAUUUGGCUGAAGUAGAAGAAAGAAAUACCGCUGGCAAGAAGAAGAAGAAGAAAGGAAAACAGAGAUAGUUUGAGACGCGAAGCCUUAUCUGCCCCAGCUUGUGUCCGUUAAAUGGAGCUUCUGGCAUUUACCAGCUUUGAGGCAAUUUCUAAGGUUUCAUUAUUCCCCUUUUCUUCCAAACAAGUUUUGUAUGGAAACUCUGUUCGUUGCCGGAACAUUGGGUUCCUAUGGUGUCGAAAUUCGAAAUCUUUUGCUGGAAUCACCAUGAGUUCAGAUGAAGAUUCCUUAUCAAAUGAUUAUGGACUAAGACAGAGCCUUGGAACUAAAUCUGGAGCUAUCGACGUGAUUGGCAUUGGCAGCAGAAAGGACGCAGUUCUAGAUUUCUGCUUAAAGUCGCCUUUUCAGCUAUCGUCGCUGCGAUUUUGGAAUAUUCUCAUGAAGGAAUCUCAAGAGGUUCAAUUACAACUAAGGUCUUAUGAAGAAGAUUCUCUUCCAAGAAUUGUCAAAGCUCCAUUAUUUAUGAAGUCAUGCUCAUCGACUAUUAUUCUUGUAGCUAGUGCAGGAUAUGGAUCAGACCACUCUGUUGCAAUUGAUGUUUUCAAAACUAUAAAGUCAUCAAAUGGAUUAACUGUUGCUAUUAUCUUGAAGCCUUUUGUCUUUGAAGGGUUGAGGCGACAAGAUGAGGUCAAAAAUUUGGUAGAGAAACUAAAGGAGAACACAGAUUUACUUCUUGAAAUUGAUAUUGAUUCACUACUUAAAAAGGACUUGGUGACUCUAGAUGAAGCUAUGAAAACUGCAAAUGAUGCGGUUUUGUUGGCCAUUAAUGCCAUAUCUGUUCUCAAAUCCGAGAUGCACAGGAAACUUACAGAUGGUCUGGACACUGGUGGCAUGAAAGAAGUCAGUAAUUUGGAAAUUAAUAAAAUAUUUGAAAGCUAUAAGGAAGCUAGAAUUGGAUUUGGAGCAGCAUAUAACAUGAAAACUUCAAUUCUACAGUCUUUAUUUGAUUGUCCUUUCCUUGGUGUUAGUUUGAAGGACUCAAAUGGCAUGAUUAUAUGCAAUCUCACAAGUUCAGUUCAUAUGAAUGACAAUGAUAUCGCUGCCUUUCUGCAUACUUUCCGUCAAACAACAGGAUACACAAAGGAAAUAAUAAUAACUACAGAUCAUGAGCCUAAUCUUGAGCCAAACCUGCUGAUCACCACUGUUCUUACACUGGGCAGCAUUAAUAUGCAACAGCGUUCCCAGAGUGGUGGCAUGUUUUCUAGACUGGCCCAGCAUUUUCCUCUUCUUUGCCGCUUUUGGGGGGGACAUCAAAAUGAACCAGCUGACUCUAGGAAAGAGAAUUUAACUGGAAGUAUAGCUCCUUCUCAAGUGACUAAAUUAUAUGAAUUUAAUGAUGGGGAUAGAAUUGCUUCUGAUGAGAUAGAUGAGAAGUUUGAUAAGGAUUUUGAAUCUCUGGAGCCAACUGUGGGUAAUAAAACUGUGAAGUCAAACGAAUCAAGGCGUUCUGAACAAAACAAGGGAGAACAAUUUGACACAAGUUCCGAGUGUUCCAGCCUUAACGAUGAAAUUACUAGAGGCGACUCUGCUUGUCGAAGGGAGAAACUCAUAAAUUGGAAUCUUGGUCCUGGAUAUGAGGUUGCACAGGAGUGGGCCAAACAAAGGGCAGCUGAUGCUACUACUCCAACAGCUGAUAAUAUUAGCAUCUUCAACCUUCCUGUUGGUAUCAGAUCUUCAGAACAGUUAAAAGACUGUCCAGAAGUCUCUGCGGCACAAGAGCCAGCGACUGAAAACGAUGUCAAAGUACCUAACAAAAGCAUGUCCUGGAGUGCAUUGACUGAUGCAGGUCUGGAAGUAGUGGUGGAUUUUACAUCUACUCUUUUAAAUGGAAAGUAUGCAGACAAAUCAAACCAGCAAGGGGUUCUUUCUGUUCGAGCAGCAUCCAUGCUGGAAGCAGAACGUGAUUCAUCCAAAAAAUGGAUCCCACUUGUGGAAAUGCAAUAUAGAGGAGGUCAAUACAAGGGACGAUGCCAAGGAGGUCUACCUGAAGGGAAGGGGCGACUUGUCCUCAGAGAUGGAAGUAUAUAUGAUGGUACAUGGCGCUAUGGUAAGAGAUCAGGUCCUGGCACAUUGUAUUUCAUCAAUGGCGACGUGUUCCAAGGAUCGUGGAGGGACGAUCUCAUGCACGGCAAAGGUUGGUUUUAUUUUCACACACGGGAUAGGUGGUUUGCAAACUUUUGGAAGGGAAAGGCAAAUGGUGAAGGCCGUUUCUACACAAAGAAUGGGGAUGCCUUCUUUGGAAAUUUUAAAGAUGGAUGGCGACACGGGCAAUUUCUAUGCAUCAAUGCAAAAGGAAGAAGGUAUAUUGAGAUUUGGGAAUAUGGUGUUAUUGUAGAAAGCAAGCAUUUAGACAAAGAUGACGUUCAGGUCAAAAAAGACAAAGAUGACGGAGAAGAAUGAAUGUGUAUCUAAAAUUACGUGAUCAUUUUAAUUUCUAUUUGCUUGUCUUUGCUGGUCCUAUGAUUUUUCUUUCCAUUUUGUACAGCAGUAGUUACCAUGUCCCUGUCAGUUUGGGUCAGUGUUUGUUAACUUCAUCCGUAUAUUCUUUUUCUUCCAUCAAAGUGACCAGCAGAUCAGAAUUUUUGUAUGAAAUAUGAACAUUCGUUUCCAUUUUCGAGCAUUAUCAAGUAUGAGUACAUACAUGUACCGUAGCAGUGUUGUUA